AUUAUAACAAUCAAAAAUCUGACACCAUUUUCACAAUUGUCAUGUUAUUCAUGAUUUUUUUUACAUAAAAAUUAAAAUGGAAACAAAUUUUCCUCGAAAACUUCUCUAGAUGGACAAUAUGAUAAGAGCGAAAAUGUGUAAAAAAUAAAUAAAUCCUUACCGUAAUCCAUACAAAAAUUCCAUAGAAAAUACAGAAAUGGCCUGCUGCUGUAAACCUGGUCGAUCAAAUAAAUCGUCCGUAAGUUGUCUGGGACGUUGUGAUCUGCCGAAACAUCGCUGUUUAGAAAAAGAUGACGUUAAGCCCGGUCCUGUACCAAAACAUAUGGGAUGGCUUUAUACAGCCAAAGAUGCACCUGAGCAUCAGUUGCGCUGUGGUUGGCGGCCAGGCCACAUCUCAUGUCCAGUGCUCAAACGCAUCGAACAGCAUAAUUGUAUGAAAACAAACGAAUGCACUCCAUGCCCAUCAGCAACCUGCUCCAGGCCAUGCAGCAAGCCAUGCUGCAUGCCUCCAAAAUGCCUAGCAGCAUGCCCUUCAUCCAUAUCCUGUUGCAAACAGCCUUGCACCCAGCCCCUUAUACGAAUAAUUCGACAUGGCGGACAGUACACAAUAUGCACGAAACCCUCAAACGUCAGCAACGCGCCGUCUGGCCCUUACCCACUGAAAUAUGUCCUGAACACUGAUGAAGACGAUACAUCGAGUACAAACGCAAAGUACAGUGUAGAGGCCAAGUUCAACGAUUACCAUUUCGACUACACCAGCUCACAAACAUCGUUUGUAUUGGACUUUUCGCCCCCUGAACAAAAGUGCUACAAGCCCUGCCCGAAGAAAAGUUUGAUGUGUUUACCAUGUUAAAUUUUAUACUACGACAUUAAACCUCAUUUAAAACACC